AUGCGAACAACAAUUCUCCUCUCCGCGCUCUGCGCCGCCCUAACAAUCCACGCCAACCCGCAAACUGCCGAAAUCUCCAUCCAACCCAUUUCCUCUUCCCACCCUCAAGCCCCCCUCCCAUUCGCCUCCAUAUCCUACGACCUCGCCGCCCUCGACUCUUCAACCAUAACAUCCUACGACGCUCCCGACAUCCCCGACUCAUCUUCCCUUGUCCGCAUCGGCGUCUACGACCCCAAAGUCAAGUCCUGGCUCUCGGGAACAACGGUCGCCUCCACAGAGAACUUUGCCAAGGGGUACUCCCCCACCAUCACAGUCUCCGUCAAUUCGAGAGGGGACGUUCUAAGCGCUGCAUUGAAGGGCGUACAGAUUGACGCCGGGCAGACGAGGGAUUUCGGCCCCAAGGUUGUGGUUUUGACGGAGGGAAGGGGCCCGCAACCGGUUCUGAAUAAGCCAGUUGUUGUGUCAAAGGACGGAAAGAAGGUGGAGGAGGAGGUUGAGAAGACUUUCUUGCAAAAGUACUGGUGGAUGAUUGGCAUUGCAGUGUUUAUAGCGUUGAGUGGUGGCGGUGGAGAGCAGGGCAAAUAG